AUGGAAAACCACGCUAUCGUCAUCCAGGCACCUGGAGAUGCCCAGGUCGUCGAAGCGUCCGUUCCCGAGCUUCGAGAUGACUACAUCAUUGUCAAAGUCAAGGCGGUGGCAUUGAACCCUACUGAUUUUAUGCACGUCGACUACUUCGCCUCCCCCGGAGCUCGUGUCGGCUGCGAUUACGCUGGAAUCGUUGAAGAGGUCGGCCCGAAGGUCACGAAGGCCUUCAAGAAGGGCGACCGCGUCGCAGGAUUCGUCCACGGAUCCAACGCUGUCCAGCAUGAAGACGGCGCCUUCGGGGAGUAUAUCACCGCCAAAGGUGACUUGCAGAUCCACAUCCCGGAUAACCUGAGCUUCGAAGAAGCCGCAACGCUCGGGGUCGGCAUUACGACCGUGGGGCAAGGCCUGUACCAAAGCCUCGGCCUUCCAGAGCCGGAGACCCCUGCAGCCGAGAAGUUUCCCGUCCUCAUCUAUGGCGGCAGCACGGCGACAGGGGCUCUUGCCGUACAAUUUGCACGGCUAUCUGGCCUUGAGGUCAUUGCUACGGCCUCCCAACGAAACUUUGAAUACGUCAAGAGCCUAGGUGCCGACGCAUUGUUCGACUACAGCUCGGAGACCUGUGCGGAGGACAUCAAGAAGCACACUCAAGGCCGGCUGAAGCACGUCCUUGACUGCAUCUCCAAGGGCAAAAGCACCGAGAUUAGUGUGCGUGCGCUGAGUGACGAUGGCGGUCUGUACAGCUCGCUCCUGCCCGUGCCCGACGACAAGGUGAAGGACAUCAACAACAAGGUGGCCAACAAGACGACCUUGGCAUACAGUUCGAUCGGCGAGUCCUUCCUGUUCGGGCCGCAUACUUUCGAUGCCAAUCUAGCUGACUUUGAAUUUUCGACGAGGUUUUCGAUUGUCAGCGAGAAGCUUCUGCGUGGUGGCAAGAUCAAGCCUCAUCGUCCCAGUAUGAAUGAGGGAGGGAGUGGCUUAGCCGGUGCUCUUAAGGGGCUGCAGGCGGUGAGAGAGGGGAAGGUCAGCGGAAAGAAGCUUGUGUACACUAUAUAG